AUGAUGUCAGGCCACGCCGUACACGCCCCUCAAGCUCUUGCAGAACAGCUCACGGAUGAUUCCAGCGUAUUGUACGAACCGCUGAGCUUGGACACCGAAGCUACCUUCCAUCAGAACAAGGAAAACAAUGUGAACCAUCGCCAUUUCGAAGCAACAAGAGGUCCUCUGAGCACACGGCACGAUGCGGAUGGUACCCGAGGACGACGUUUAGUGGACGGUAUGGUCAAGGUGGCGACUGCCUGCAACCUAUUGGUGCGAAGGCAUGCCUGCAAUCUGUGUCAUGUUUAUGCGGACCGGCAGGUCGAGUUUGAGCAGCGCGAGGAAAGCUCUCCUCCAUCCUCGUCGAGGACCUACGCGUCUUCAUCGAGUCCUACGGAACGAGCUUGGAAAAAGAUGAAUUCAAGCCUAGAAGUUGACCUCUACCGUCGAUUUCUCUUUGAUGAAGAGUCGGUAGCCAACAUGGAAAUUAUACCAGAAGGAAGCGGAGAGAAGAAUGAAUCCUUUCCAGAGUCUGGAGAGACGCCUCAGUCGGUCACAGAAGCGAAAUUCGUGGAGGCUGCACCACAGCAACAACAAUCUACGGAGAAGAAGGCUCUACUCGUCUAA